AACGAAAAUUCUUCGAAUAAAUGAUUUCAGCUGGCGCCCUUUGCCAGUGCCAUUGGCAGCAUUGCACUGUUUUUUUGGCCAUCACGCCAGGAUCAAGCCACAAUAUGUGGCACAAUUAUUAGGCUGUUCAUCCUUGGAAGUAGUGCUUUAUGGCGUCUUCGCUGUCAGCUGCUGCCCAGCCCUGCUGCUUCCUUGAGACUGGAAGCUUCUUGAGCCGGAGUGGAAAGUCAGAAGCAAGACGAGGCAAUCUGUUUCCAGCUCACGUAAGCGCUGGUCUUGGAGCAUUCGGUUCUGUAAUAUCCGCUGAGGGACAGCCUUUUAUCAGGCUUCGAGAAGGAAGAGAAGCACGGUUAUGGAGAUCCUCAAGGAGGGUCAUCAGAGUAGUUGCUCAAGUUGGUUCUGCUCCUGCAAAGACAGCCACCCCCGCAGAAUCAGACCGUUGGUGGUCCUCUGACACAAUUGCUGUAGUAACUGGUGGCAGUAAGUCUAGCAUUGGGCUGGAGAUUGUGCGGAAACUCAGCAAGGAGGGUGUCAAAAUCAUUUUCACCUCUAGGAGUGAUAAGACGGGCCGUGAGGCUCUGGAGAAGCUGAGGUCAGAGGGCGUUGACUCUGUUGAGUUCCAUGAGCUCGACAUCACCAAUCAGCAGUCGAUUGAUGAUUUCGCGAGCUGGUUGCAACAGAAGCAUGGCGGUCUUGACAUUUUGGUCAACAACGCUGGUGUCAUGGUCAUCUCUGCUAUUGGCCAGCCAGCAUCAUACGACGUUGUCAAACUCAAUUUUGACGUCAACUACUACGGAACCAAGCGGUUAACAGAAAAGCUGUUGCCUCUCCUCAGAAACAAUCCUGCUGGCGCCCGGGUGGUGAACGUGUGCUCGCGCAUGGGUGCUCUUAAAAACAUAGGGCCGAAGCUGCAGCCCAGGAUUUCCGACCCUGACUUGACAUUUGAGGACCUCGACGCACUGGUGGCUAAGUAUCUAGACGACUUAAAAGCCGGUCGGCCCGUGGACGAGGGAUGGAACAAGAGCGCCUAUGCAAACUCCAAGGUCGCGGAGGCUGCGUACACGCGCAUCCUGGCGCGCGAUAUUGAGGCGGCCGCGGGAGGCAAACCCGUGUUAGUGAACGCGGUUUGCCCCGGGUUCUGCAGAACCGACCUCGGGAACCCGCACCCGGAGAAGAAAGGAGAUUUCCGAACUGCACUCUCGUUGACAUUCUUCCGGACAGCCCGCGAUAUCGUUGCACCUAAGUCAGCGGAGGAGGGCGCCGAUACUCCAGCCUGGGUUGCCCUAGCACCGCCAAACAGUGCGAAUGGUGCCUUUUUUAGUGAUCGAGAAGAUGUGGGCUAUUGACUGUUGAUCAGUCGCAUUUGUGUAAUCAUAUACCUUCAAAGUAAAGAAAUAAGUUUGUACAAAGAGCUUUUGUGUAGGAUAAUAAAACGUUGAACGGGUCGAGGUGUUGUGUUGCAAGCCGGGCUUCCAUUGAUACUGUCUCCUUGCUGAAACAACUGUUAUCACGUUCCAGCUUGGCAAUUAGUCGAUUGGUGAAUUCGUCAUCUCAGUGCCGUCCGGGGGUGCUCUUGCACUCCAUCGAGUAGCA